CGCUCUGUUACUUCCACCGCAGCGUUUUAUGCCAAUUGCGGAUUAUUUUUCCAAGGCGACGCAAUCACAUCGCUUGUAUACCCUGGGCUGCCGUUGACCGAAGCCUCGCUGCCUCGUGUCGUGCAAACCACCCGUUCCCUGCACUGUCCCUUCAACCCUGGUCAAGCUCCUUUCGCCCCGGCCCUCCCUGAGCUCACGCCCGCCUGCGACCUUGCGACGCUCGCUGACCUCUUCCUGCCGCUCUCUCCGCGCAAUUGCUUCGAUCCAGACGCGAUUCAUCCGCGUUGUUUGACGAGAGAGGGACCCCACCGAUCACCGCCGCAAUGCCGUCCAAAUUCAAGCCAUUGACGCUUGCGCCCAUCAACUUCUCGCUCACAGAGGGCACCUCAAUCCCUGCGCCGCUCGACUCGCCGCCCGACACACCUCGUCCGCCUACACCAGGCAAAGGACCACUCUCGUCGCACCCCACACCAAAGUCACCCAUCUUCCCACAGCACCGGGUCGGUUCGCCCAACGGCAAGGCCUCUGAGGACUCAGCAGCACCAGAGCCUCCAGUGACACGCGGCCGGACGAGUGACGCAGCUAGCGGUGGCCUGUCGCCCACAAGUCCGGGCUCUCAAAACCGACGGCCGUCUUCUGUACGCCAGUUUCUUGGUCUCCGCACAUUGCCGUCGAAGGACAGUCUACAACAAGAUGAGAGACCAGGUUCGCCAGCUACCAUAGGCAGCCAGGCUCCAAGCCUCACGAGGAAGAAGAGCAGUAGUUGGUUUGGCAACAAGAGGAAGAGCUCCUACUUCGGUAGCGUGCCAGAGGGAAGCGAAAAAGCUCAGGCGGCACCGCUGUCGAGAACAGCGACAAACGGCGCGAUGGGUACUCCUGCGCCUGUCUCGAGAAUCCCAACCGCACAGACGCCGCCGCCUAAGAAGAAGGGCCCGCCCCCUCCCGCUCUGCCUCAACUGAACACAUUUGGGGUGAACGAAAAGACACUGAGCUUCGAUGCGGACGACAUGUUUAAGAACAUCAGAUAAAGCAUUACGAGCAGCAGUCUUUACAAAGGUAAGGUGGCAUCGCCUAUAACCACGAUGCGGUUCUAAUGGAUUGGAGCUUAAUAACGUUUGUCGAUUUGGGCUACGACUUGGGAGUUUAUAAGAUUGGUUGUGGAUAGUACAUUCUCUGUUCUUGCUUGUUGCAUAGCACACGAUACCCCGGGUCGACGCACGAUAGCAGAAGGGCUAGCACGGUUUGGGGUAUUAACUUGGGAUUAGACAGCGGUACUUGUUCGUACUAUUGACUUCUGCCGUGUAUGGUUUGAGCGUUCGUUUUGAUAUUGUACCGUAUGGCGAGG